CGCCUGCGCCGUGCUCAGUGCUGCUCUGGAGCGUCCCGUCGCAGCCGCUUCUCCGCCUUUAUCCGUCGGCGGCCAUUGGCGCGAGUGAGAGAGAGAGAGAGAGAGAACCAGAGACUCAAAGGCCUGAGCGGCGCAGCGAGUGAAUACCUCCAGCGCUCAUAGGGAAGAGAUCAGUGUAACACAUGAAAAGGAUUCCGACUUGUAGGAGAAGUGGAUAACACAAUACAGGGAAUCAAUAUGAGGUUGAAAUGUCUGCCAUUGUUUCUGGGACUGUUGCUCAUAACAGCAGUCGUCUGGGCUGAAGAAGAGGAGGAAGAUGGAGAAGUGGAUGUGGAAGAGCUUGAAGAAAAGAACACUGAAAGUGAAACAAAGACUAGUAAAGCUACAUUGAAUAUGAACUACAAGACUCCUGUCCCUACUGGAGAGGUUUACUUCGCUGAAACAUUUGAUGGAGGGAAUUUAGAGGGAUGGGUAUUGUCCAAAACAAAGAAAGAAGAUGUAGAUGACGAUAUUGCAAAAUAUGAUGGAAGAUGGACGGUAGAGGAAUUGAAGGAAAAUCAAGUGUCUGGAGAUAAAGGUCUGGUGCUGAAAUCAAAAGCAAAACACCAUGCUAUUUCAGCUUUGCUGAAGAAGCCUUUUGUCUUUAAUGAUGAGCCAUUAAUUGUUCAAUAUGAAGUAAACUUCCAAAAUAGCAUUGACUGUGGUGGUGCAUAUUUAAAGUUGCUUUCUCAUACCGAGGAUCAAAAUCUAGAAGCAUUCUUUGACAAAACGCCUUACUCAAUCAUGUUCGGACCGGACAAAUGUGGUGAAGACUAUAAACUGCACUUCAUCUUCAGACACAAGAAUCCCCAAACAGGAGAUUUUGAGGAAAAACAUGCUAAGCGUGCUGAUGUAGAUCUAAAGAAGUACUACACUGACAAGAAAACCCACCUGUACACACUAGUGCUGAAGCCAGACAACAGCUUUGAGAUGCUGAUUGACCAAUAUGUGGUCAAUAAAGGAAAUAUGCUGGAGGAUAUGACUCCUCCUAUUAAUCCAUCUAAGGAAAUAGAUGAUCCCAAUGAUCAGAAGCCUGAAGACUGGGAUGAGGAUCCAAAGAUUGCUGACCCUGAUGCCGUCAAGCCUGAAGACUGGGAUGAAAAUGCUCCAGCAAAGAUAGUUGAUCCAGAUACUCAUAAACCAGAAGGGUGGCUUGAUGAUGAACCAGAGUACAUCCCCGAUCCUAAUGCACCGAAACCAGAAGACUGGGAUGAAGAAAUGGAUGGUGAAUGGGAACCUCCUCAGAUUUCUAACCCAAAGUGCGAAGCUUCACCUGGAUGUGGGGUUUGGGAGAUACCGAUGAUCAGUAACCCAAACUACAAAGGAAAAUGGAAGCCUCCUUUGAUUGACAAUCCCAAAUACCAGGGUGUAUGGAAUCCAAGGAAGAUCCUAAAUCCUGAUUAUUUUGAGGAUUUGAAUCCAUUCAAGAUGACGCCAUUCAGUGCUGUUGGUCUAGAACUGUGGUCCAUGACUUCUGAAAUCUUGUUUGAUAAUUUCAUUAUCUGUUCUGAGAAGGCCGUGUCUGAUCAGUGGGCAGCUGAUGGUUGGGCACUGAAGAAGAUGGUUGCAAGUGCAAAUGAGCCUGGUGUGUUCAGUCAGUUGACGACUGCCGCAGAAGAGCGUCCUUGGCUCUGGAUUAUCUAUGCGCUGACUGCAGUUUUACCUUUAGGAUUAAUUGUGCUGUUCUGCUGGCCAAGUAAGAAGACUGAUUCUGCAGCCGAGUACAAAAAGUCUGAUGCUGUGCAACCCGAUGUGAAGGAAGAACAGGAGCCAGACGAGGAGGAGGAGGAAGAAGACGAAGAGUGUGAGGAGCCUACGAAAGGUAAAGAAGCUGAAGAGCAGAAAGCCAGUGGAGAGGAGGACAACCCUGGAGAUGGCAGUCAAGAAGAGGAGGAUGAAGAAGCUAGCAAAUCGAAAUCUGCUUCCGAAGAUGAGAUGAGAGAAGCUGACGAAGGUGCUGGCUCGGGUGACUGCACCCUGAAACUGAUGCGUAAGAAAAAAGUGAGGAAGGAGUAAUUGCUGAGUGCACACAUUUUUUUGUUUUCUAGCAGGCGUGUGACCAUCAGAACACCCAGCAGCAUGCAGGUCACUCAGCCACUGGCUGAGGGGACAAAUCAGUCUUUGUUCCAACCCCCGAUCUAAUUUUGACACCCAUACCACCCUAUCCCUCUCUUCCUGCCAUUCCUCUUAGUCUUCCUCAAGAAGGGAAGAGUAUUGCUUUGAAGAUGUAACUUUAAGAAUAUUGGAAUAUGUCCAGACACCAAAUUGCCAUUUGUGAUGGCAUAUUUUACAAUUGCCAGGAAAAUUGUAGUAAAUAUUUGGUAACAUUUGUGGGGGAAAGUGUUAAUGUAUGUUAACCCAGGGUAAACAUACUAUUGUUAUAAGAUGAACGUGAGCUACAAUAAUACAUUUGUACUGAAAGGGGAGAAGCAUUGGCAUGUUUUAUGACUGUGAUAUUUGACGUUUGCUGUUGAAGUUUCCGGUACCAGUGGGGAUUAGUACAAUAACAAUCCUGAAGGAAAUUUUAAUGUACAUAUAAAUGAAUUCAAAUGAUGCGACUUUUAGCACAAGACUUGAAAUUUUUUCUUUCAAUGGUGCCAAUGUGUUCUUCCCUAGAUAAGUCUCUACCAAAUGGUAUUGUUACAGUAAAAAAUGCACUGAGUUUCUUUGUACAUUAUUGUUCAGGUCAACACGGGUGUCUUUAUUCUCUAUCUCCAACGUGGCACAAAUAAAUUAGUUACAUUUUAAGUAUACCAUGAACUUGACAAAACAUCUCAUGACCUGCCCUUCCUGUUAUCUAUUUACCUGUGGGGAUUUUUUUCACCCCUUCCCUUUCCCCCUGUGCCCAGCCCAAUGGAGGCAUUUUUGUUUUGGUUUGUUUCCUGUGUGUUUGGUAAAUCAUUUGUAGUAUAGCACAAGUGACAUUCCUAAAUCCUGAUUUGUCUAUGUUUUAUGAGUGAUAGAUGAAAGUUUUAACUUAACUAAUUCACUGACAUUUUCUUGGAAAAUGAGUGGCAUGGCGUGAACUGAGUUUUAUAGUUUUAAUGUUACUUCUGGAUUGACAUAAUCCCUGUUUACACUGAUGUUUGCAAAAUGUACAAUUGCUAUUUGAAAUAAAUAUUUAAUACAA